UUCGUGCAGUAUCCGUUCUAGUAGGACGACGUCUUGCGUCGUUUAAUCGUUCCAAGGCCACUUACGUACCAGCGGAUAACCUGAAACGAAAAAUGGUUGCUGACGAUCUGAAGGAGAAUAUUCCGAUCCAAAAAGAAGCACCAGUUGAGUUGAAUCCAUGGCCUGACUUCAUACAAAGACGUAUUGAUAUGUGGGACAAGCUGAUGGCUGAAGUAUGUGACAUGUUUUUACUUAUAACGUUUAAUGCAACUUAUUUUGAUGGUCUUCGUAAAUCAAUUUUUUAAAA